AGUCCCGCUCUCUCCGCUCGCCGCGGCCGCCAUGUCGUUUCUCGACCCCCGCAGCGCCCCGCGGCUGCCCGGCGGCUUCGAGGAGCUGCUGCAGGGGAUGGCGCGGGAGGUGCUGAGGGCGCAGCCCGACGACGUGCUGGGCUUCAUCGCCCGAUACUUCCAGGCGCUGCUGGCUGAGAGGGAGCAGAGCUCCGCCGCCCGAAGGGCCGAGGACGGGGAGGUGGGAGAGGACGAGGAGGCCGAGGCCGAGGCGCCGCGGAGCAGCGGGGCGGAGAUGGAGCGCCAGCGCAGCCCUCGUGAUGAAGACCCGACCGCCGAUUUCCUGACCUCUCAAGAAGCUGCUACGAAAAUCCAGGCUGCGUUCCGGGGCUUCUGCACGCGGCGGGGGCUGCGCAGAGCCUUCUCGGAGCCCCCCCGCCCGGCCCCGGGCCCCCAGGACAGCCCGUAACCGGGACGGCUCCGCCGGGAGCGGGCGCCUCGCCCCCGUUUGGAAACGUUCUGACCCAGAAUGAGGAGCCGCGAUUGGAAAACCUACAUUCCCCUCCCAGGCGGCUUCGCGGGGCAGAAAAUUCUCUCUCGCGCUGCCGCCGAGGCACUUGCAUAAUGAGAACUUAAUAAAAUGCCUCCAGUAACGCUCUC